AUGGCUCCUUCAGAUUUCAAACAGGUUCUCGAAGCCAAUGCACGUCCCCCCGUCGGACACACAUCCCCAGAGUUUAUUCAGGUCUUCGGAUCGAGCAUCUGUAUGACUCGGUGCGUCUUCCUGAUUGCUGGGUCUGGAACACUCGGUUGGGAUCAGGUCUCCGCGAACUUGGUCGAGCCCGGUGAAAGUGUCCUCGUCUUGCACAGCGGGUACUUCGGCGAUAGCUUCAGGGAGUGUCUUGAGACGUAUGGCGCCCACGUCGAUGAGCUGAGAGCCGACAUUGGAGCCUCUGUUGAUUUGGCAGCGCUAGCCGCCGCGUUGAGGCGAAAGACGUAUAAAGCAGUCACAUUUACCCAUGUAGACACGUCUACUGGUGUGUUGUCUGAUGCGCGAGGCAUUGCUGCGACAGUGCGAAGUAUAUCGCCAGAGACUUUGGUCAUUUUGGAUGGAGUGUGCUCCGUUGCUAGCGAAGAAAUAAGGAUGGACGACUGGGACAUAGAUGUGAUAAUGACAGCCAGCCAGAAAGGUCUUGGUGCACCACCUGGUCUGAGUAUUCUUGUUGCAAGUCCCAAGGCCAUGAAGGUGUUCGAGACCCGGAAAACACCUCCCACGUCGUAUUACGCGAGCUGGAAGAAGUGGCUACCUGUCAUGAGGGCGUACGAGACCGGGACGCCUGCUUACUUUGCUACACCCCCCGUUAACCUCAUCUACGCGUACCACGCGUCGUUGCGUCAAAUCACCAGAUCGUCCCCGGCGUUUGAGGAACGGAUAAGGAUCCACCGCCAGGUCAGCGCACGAGUCAAGGCUAUUGCGAGUCAGUUGGGCUUGAAGCAAGUUCCUAGUGACUCCGCCCAUGCUGCGAACGGGAUGACUGCCGUUUAUUAUCCGGAGGGUAUGGGCGCGUCGGACAUUCUGCCCCGCCUGGCCGAGAAAGGGGUCGUCGUCGCAGGCGGCCUGCACAAGAACAUCAAAGAUAAAUACUUCCGUAUUGGACAUAUGGGUGCAUCUGCUGUAGACCCCCAGCGUGGGGACAUCGACGCCAUAGCGCGUUCGCUGAAGGCCUCUGUCGAGGAAGCGAGAGCCGCCAAAGGCAUUACGGGUUCAUUCAGCGCUGUUGAGACUGGUGCACCGCGGUCGCUGGCUAGUUCUUCCGAUAGAUCAUAG